UUUAUAGGAAACGCAAAAGAGUCCGUUAGUUCUGAAUUUAAUACGAUCUGGAGUGCCCCCAGAGAGGCGAUCAACUCAUUGCUGGCAGAGGUUUCACAAUCGAUUGAGGAGGCAACAGAAAUUGCAGAAACGCAAAAGCGUACAGAAGGAACUGCAACAACCAGAUCCCGAACGAGAAAACUACCCUCCUUUACUAUCGAGCCUAAAUGCGGCAAAACUGCAAUAAACUCCACAGUUAUUGUGUUGCCUCUAUUUAAAUUAGUGGAUGUAGAUUUACAUGGGAAAACAGUAGAUUUAAAUGGCAAAAUAGAAAAUUUACAGGGGAAAACCGAAGAUGACAAAGAUAGCACUCGCAGCUUAACUUCUGACAACAACGAUGUUUAUGUUGAACGAAAUGCAGAAAACAUGAACGAUUUAUUCAAUUCUCUUGGAAAUAAUAAUGAGGAUACAGUUGCACCUCAUAGCAUGGGAUCUCAAUUAUUUCCCAAUGUCAAUAAAAUCAAAAAACAAGAAGAAUUUAUUCCUACGACAAAAUAUUCCUAUAACAUUCUUACGACAAAAUAUUCAUAUAACAUUCCUAUGACAAAAUAUUCCUAUAACACUGCUACGGAAAAAUAUUCCUACAACUCUCCUACGAAAAAAUAUUCCUAUACCACUGGUACGACAAGAUAUUCCUAUGACAUUCCCACGACAAAAUAUUCCUAUGACAUUCCUACGACAAAAUAUUCCUAUCACAUUCCUACGACAAGAUAUUCCUAUCACGUUCCUACGGCCAUCGUUAAUAAAAAACCAUUGGUUAAAAAAGGUCCGAUUCCAACAAAUGGAAAAUCGUGUCCUUUAAGGCAAAAUGAUCCUAAAAAACAAAAAAAACAAGAGCUUAUGAACCUGCUGGAUGUUUUGAUAGAGAAAGGAAAGAAUGUCACACUCGGCAAAGAUGAAAUUGGCAAGUUUGAGAAACAAAUGAGAAGGAUUUAUGAGAUUGGGUUACGCAAAAAAUCGGCGUCGAGUAACAACCACAACAAUUAAAAUAGAUUUGAAGUUAUCGAUUUCCGAUAGACUAAUCGACUAGGUAUUUCAGAUAACUAAAACCUGUGUAACCAGUGGUAAUAUUUUAAUGAUGUAGGUGUAAGCUAUGUUACAAAUGACAA